CACCUUUUUGGAUACAGUUGGUUACGUAGCUAAAGUAGAAGGAGUUUCUAUGCAACCAACUUUGAAUCCAGAUGAGAGGAAUCCAGAUUAUGUUUUUUUGAAUCGUCGAGCAAUUCGCACCCAAGAUAUUCAACGCGGUGAAAUAGUAACUGUUAAAUCUCCAAAAACUCCAGAACAAAUUUUGAUUAAACGUGUUGUGGGACUUUCUGGAGAUAUAGUACGCACACAUGGGUAUAAAUCAGAUAUUUUUCAGGUACCAGAAGGUCAUUGUUGGGUAGAAGGAGAUCAUAUUGGACGAUCUAUGGAUUCUAAUACUUUUGGACCUGUUUCUCUUGGAUUAAUAACAGCAAAAGCUACUUCCAUAGUCUGGCCACCUAGCCGUUGGCAAUAUCUUUAUCCUUCCAUGUCAAAUCACAAUUUUCCAUUAAAUUCACCAAGAAUACCAAGAUAAAAUUUGUUAUAGAAAAAAAAUGAGGGCUGUUAGUUUUGUCAAAAGAUUGCAAUGGGAUUUACCUGGUACUGUGUGUAGACAUGGAUUAACAAUAGGAGAUGUUGAUAAUGAUGGUGAUAAUGAAUUAGUUGUUGGUACUGCAGAAGGAGAACUUUAUAUUUUUAAAGGCUCAGAAUUAUGGCAAAAAAUACCUGGAUUAGGUCUUAUUACUAGUGUAGCAAUAGGAGAUAUCUUUAAUUAUGGACGAAAUGCAUUAGUUGUAAUAUGUGGAGAUGGUUGGGCACAUAUUUUUUAUAGUCCAAGAUCUGUUAAUCCUAAUAUUGUUAAUAUAAGUUCUACUCAAUUAAAUAAGGAAAUAAUUGAUCAAGAUAACAUGAAACAUAGUCAUGCAAGUGUGGAUGUUAUAACAAGUGUUAAUAUGACAAGUUCCUCAAGUUUAGAUCAAAUAGAUGGUAACAACGAAUUAAAUGAAUUGUCUGGUAAAAUGGAGUGUGUGCAUGUACAAAGAAUUCCAACCAACACAAAGAUGAUUUUAAUAGCAGAUGUUGAUAAAGAUGGUGCAAAUGAGAUGAUACUUGCUUUGACUGAUCGUGUAGUUAGAUCUUAUAGAUGGUCAAGUAAUUUAGAAUUAGGAAGAGGAAAAUUAGUUGGAUUGAACAAAUGGGAAUGUGCAAAUCAAAUAGGAACUGUCACAUUACAGCAUAUGGCGGAUGGAACACCAACUUUAUUAGUUGCUCAACCUGGUGGAACAUUCAUGCGAAUUAAAUGUAAUCCAGAAGAUUGUCAUUUAGAAGAUGAAACUGAUCAUAAAAGUAAUGAAACAGAAGCAAGCUGUGUAGAUUAUCAAACAUUGGGAAUAUCAAGAAUGCGCAAUCAAAAUAUUUCGACAGAAAUCAUCGGAGAUUUGGAAUGUAUAGUAGAGAAUAAGGUGUCAAGUUACGAAUUCAAAGAAUCAUGUAAAUCGAAUGUUUUAAAUGAAAUUCAACAUAGUAAAAAUUUAAAAUCUGUCUCGUUAGAAUCUAAGAAAAAUAAUUCACAAUUAGAAACAAGAAAAAGUACUAUGGAAGGGCAUAGAAAAAAUUCAACGAUAGACAAUUCAAAAAUGAUAAAAAUUUCUGGAACUUCUGAUCUUUCUAAUCGGGAUCAAGUUGACGGUAAUGUUUUGGGAGGCAACGUAAUUCUUGGUGAUUACGAUAUUAAGACGGAAAAAGAUUCUUUAUUACCUACAUAUAAGCAUUUUUCAUGUCGAGAUAAUAGCAAUAAUUAUAAUAAAGAAGAUUUAAAAGGAAAGAAUAAAAUCGAAACUGAUGCGAAUAUACAAAAUAAUUCUUUUCAAGGGAAACCUUAUGCUCUUGCUACUUUAGAUGGGACAAUAAUGUUGGUUAAGGAUGAAGUCAUUUUAUGGUCGAUGCAAGUAGAUCAUCAGAUAUUCUCUUUAUGUCGAUUAGAUGUAACUGGCGAUGGUUCUGAUGAGAUAGUAGCUUGCGGAUGGGAUGGACAAACUUAUAUUUUAGAUCAACAACGUAAUAGUGUACGUUUUCAAUUUGAAGAACCAAUUAGAGCAUUUUGUACUGGUAAUUAUAAUGUUACUCCCGGAUUUCCGACACCUUGCCUUGUAUAUAACAGUUUUAAUAAUAAGAUAUUUCUUUAUUAUGACGUUACACUUCCAAGUAUGGUUACUAAGCCUUUAAAUCCCAUAGAGAAGCUUGAUUUUGAAGAAAAGGAAAUUUUAGACAAUCUUCUAGGAAACUGUAGUGAUAUGGAGAAACAACAAAAGAUGCGAGAGUUAACAGAAUGGUUAUUAUACGGUAUAUCUUAAAAGAUUUGAUGCUGUAAAUUAUAUAAAGAAUUAUAUAAAGAAAAAUAUAUAUGUAAAUUCUUAUA